AAGGGCGGGGGAGCUGUCAACUAGGGUUUCAGAGUUUGGGAUAUUUUUCGGGGCUUCUUCCUCGUCGAGAUCGUCGCCGGAGGAUCCCGAGUCCCUCCGCCGCCGUGCUCCGCCGCCGCCUACAGUUUGUCGUCGUCGCCACCGCCACUGAUGGAAGUGGCUUCUGGAGAUGAUUCAACAUCCACAAUUGCUUUUAUGGAGCUUGCUUUAGAGCAGGCACAGUUUGCUUUGGACAAUCUUGAAGUCCCUAUUGGUUGUGUGAUAGUGGAGGAUCGCAAAGUUAUCGCCUCUGGUAGCAAUCGGACCACUGCAACACGAAAUGGUACGAGACAUGCAGAAAUGGAAGCUAUUGAUGCCCUUCUUGAGGAGUGGCAGAAGAUUGGACUUAACCAAUUGGAAGUUGCAGAAAAAUUUUCAAGAUGUGAUCUUUACGUUACAUGUGAGCCUUGCAUAAUGUGUGCCACAGCUUUGUCCAUACUUGGAAUAAGGCAGGUAUAUUUUGGGUGUGCUAAUGACAAAUUUGGAGGAUGUGGAUCAAUCUUGUCGCUGCACGAAAAUGUCUCUGAUAACAUAUCCAGCAGAAAUGGUAGUACGCAGACAAAGGGCUUUAAAUGCACUGGAGGGCUCAUGUCUGAACAUGCUAUUGCUCUUCUACGAUAUUUCUAUGAACAGGGGAACCCAAAUGCUCCGAAGCCUCACAGGCCAGUCCAAGGUUCUCAGCAACUACAUUGAGUAUUAGAUUUCCCUCUGCUUUUCUUCUUCUCGCCACGAGACUAAAUUUUUGAAGAGCUUUUAGGAAUCUACUAAGAACCUUAAAUCCGUUUCAACACAAUAUGAGAUCGUGCAGUUUACAUCAGGAAUAGCAUCCAAUUCUCCAUUAAAAGCUUAUAGCAGAUCGAUGACGAGAAAUGUACUCAUUGUAUGGUUGAAAAGUGUCUACACAACUGAUUGCAGGAAAUUUUCUUAUUAACUCACUACUGUAUUAUUAUUCUCCAGCUCUCAAAAGAGCUAUCAACUGACUUUUUGAGCAUCUUCUAUAGGGGUCCAUGGUUUGUGGGUAUGUUCAUACAUUUAAAGAUUUCACUAUAAAAUAACGGUUUCAUUUGUAUUA